GUGUAUUCUUGGGAAACUCUUCAAAAAAUUUGGAUUGCUUGUGCUGCUUCGGGAUUGCCACAUAUGCCCUCCAAUAUAAUGGAAUGCUGCCUACUUACAAUUCCCAUGGUGGCAAGCACGAGAACACUUUGAUUGCCCUUGCUCUUCGGCAGCUACAAAGAAAAUAUACAAGACGCUGGAAGCGACUUUAUCGUCGCAAUCGGUCUCUUCUGAUCGUUGGUCUGCUUGUUGCGAUCGUGCUGACUCUUAUCUUCGUGGUGGCGAGAGGCACCGUGCGGCUCAAGAUAUUCAACAAUUCAUAGGAGGCUGGGUGUCAACUUGGGCAUGGCCCCAGCAUUUCCAGUAAACACACAGGAGUUUACAACAGAUAUCGAUGGCGUCAGCACUUUCUUCAUUAUGUCAGCCUAUGCAGACCGCAUCAUGGUAGUUGCCACACAGCUGGGGACCUUUGGAACGGUGCUGAGUGCAAGAGGGGAUGCUCUCUUGGAGGGCAAGCACACAUUCACUGUAGACACACUACUGGGCAAAAGGGAUGAGCCUGCAUUGGCUGUCUGCGCUCGCCACAUGGCAGAGAGCAUUGUGCAGGCCGGCUGCUCCAGGCCGUUGCUGCUCUGUUUGGGACUGAAGCAGCAUAGCCUGGACACCAUGAGGGCCAUAAUCAAGGAGGUCGUGGCACACCCAGUGUGGUGAAUGCAUGCUGCCAGUAUAUCCAGCAUGUACCAGAAUGAUCUAUGAGGGACCCCUGAGCAUCACCAGCAAUUUUCGGGGCCUUGGCAAGCUUUUAUGUAUGCUUGCAAUCUCUCAGACCUGCCGGCGUGAAUUAAGUUCGGAGAGGGGUGCACCACAAUGAGCGGGAUGCAGCACACACGUAAUCUGAGACACAAAUGGAUUUUGCACAACGGACCCAGGAAAUCCUAAAUUUGGCACGGCAUGCGUGGAUUUGAUGAAUAUGCAGAUGUUCAACCAUCAAUAUUUACAACAGUGCCGCAGUC